AUGGAUUCAAGAGUAGGGUUCAAAGAUGAUUCGCUUUUGCCGCAGAUAAAACAUGUUGUUUUGGGGGAAACAAUUGGACAAGGUGCUUUUGCGUGUGUCAAAAAUGCACAUUUGGAAGCUGAUCCAAACGUCAUCAUAGCUGUGAAGUUCAUCCAUAUGCCUACAUGCAAGAAAUAUGGUCUCAACGAUAAAGAUGUUGCUGGAGAAGUCAUUUUGCAUUCAAGGUGCUCGAAGCAUCCCAAUGUGUUACGUGUAAUUGACUGUAACAUAUCUCAGGACUACUUCUGGAUUGCCAUGGAAAUGGCGGAUGGGGGUGAUCUGUUUGACAAGAUCGAACCUGACGUUGGGGUUGAUGCGGACGUGGCUCAAUUCUAUUUUCAGCAGUUGGUAAAUGCUGUGACAUAUCUACAUGAGCAAUGCGACGUUGCUCAUCGCGAUAUCAAGCCAGAAAAUAUUUUACUGGAUAAAAACGGCAACUUGAAGCUAGCAGAUUUUGGAUUGGCAUCACGAUUUAGACGUAAAGAUGGCUCACUUAAAAUUUCGAGUGAUCAGCGUGGAUCACCUCCAUAUAUGGCACCCGAGAUCCUACACUCGGGGGAAUAUUACGCGGAUAUGACGGAUAUAUGGUCAAUUGGCGUUUUGAUAUUUGUCAUUCUCACAGGAGAGACACCUUGGGAAUUUCCAUCUUUCGAAGAUGAAAAUUUUGAACUUUUCAUAUCCAACAAGGGAAACCUAAAUUUGGGAACUUGGUCAAAACUUGAUUUCACCCAUUUAAAUUUACUGCGUAAAAUUUUGCAGCCAGACCCGGCAUACAGAAUUUCAUUGGCGGAAUUGCGACAACAUCCAUGGUUUACUGCAAGAGCAAGACUUUCAAAUUCGAAUGGGCUUUGUAAAGAUGCUUCUCUACUGGCGGAAAAAUUACUGUCAAACUUGAGAAUUUCAUUGAGCGACGAUGAGUACAAUAGCUACACUCAGGAUCCUUCUGUCAGUUAUAGAAAUAAAAAAGUCAGCUCAACUCAACCUGUGGAAACGGAUCUAGCCGGACUAGAACAUGACGCUGGGGUCGGUAAUGCGUUCACACAAUAUGACUCGCUACGUUCCAAACUAGGACCAUCGGCAACCCAAGAUACUAGGUGGAUGCAGUAUAUGAGUAAGGAUGUUGCUGCGUUACAAUUUCUUAGAGCUGACGAUAGAGAGCUUUCGUCUUAUUUGCAAUUUAAUCCCAAUAGAUUAACAAGAUUUUAUUCUGAUCAAAGUAUAGAUGCUAUCCUUCCAAUUUUUGAGAAGGGCCUACAAUUUACUGGGAUUAAAGUUCGACGUGAUAUGUAUCAGCAUUUUGUAAAGCUAACUCAAAAAUUGGGGGAGAGUGGCGUUUACCCUUUAUCCAUAAAUAUAAAAACAAUAGACAGAAAGGGUGCUUCAUUAUGUGGCACUGCUUUAAUACAAGUUGUGGAGGACGACCUAAAAAGUAUCACUUUUGCGAGGAAAAGUGGAGACCCUUUGGAAUGGAGAAGAUUGUUCAAAAAGAUUGCUCUGCUUUGUAGAGACAUCAUCCUGGUGCCAAAUUGA